GGCUUCUGCACCUCCGUCUUACAGAAUCAUCUCUGCUUGGGACUCACUGGAGACCUUUCAGUCGAGGAGAGGCUGAAACUUCCAAGGAAACUGCUUGUGACUCCCACUCAAAAGAAAUGUUUCCCUUUCUGUUUAUUUUUCUCUCUCUCUGGUCUUUCUCAUCUACCCAGAAUGAAGAUGACUACGAAGACUUCUUUGACCUAAAUUUUGACAAUGAAAUAGAAAUCCCUCCAACAGAAGAAACUGUGUCCUGCGAUUGUCAACGAGAGCACACGGAAUGGGACAAGCUCUUCAUCAUGCUCGAGAACUCGCAGAUGAAAGAGAACAUGCUGCUCCACUCCCUGGAUGAAAUCCUCAAGGUGGAGCUGCAGAGACUGAGGGGUGAAAUGCUCCAGCUUGUGGAGAACUUUUCUAGCCAUUGCAUCACAGCCAGUGAGCAAGCCACCUCCUGGAUUUCAAGCCAACUGGACCAGAUGCUGGAAAGGAAGAACCAGGAAGCUGAGGACCGGUCUGUGAUGCUCCAUGAAUCAGAGCAAGGCAAAGUCCUCCAAGAGAUUCUACAGCUGAGUCAAAACGUGUCCAGCCGACUCAGCCGUCUGGAGCACGCUUGGCGGAGGAAAGAAGAGCUGGAUAUUCAGCAGAGGGGCUUGCCGGAGAAAGACUACAUGACGAGAGGAGACAGUUUCGUUCUGAACUCACUCUGGCAAGAGCUGCAGGAAGCCAAAGCUGAACUAAAGGAAUCCCACAGAAAGAAAACGCAGAACUUACUGCCAAUCGGUUGUGAGACAGCUCUUUUAUUCCCGAUGCGUUCCAAAAAAAUAUUUGCAAGUGUUCAUCCAACAACUGAAAUGAUGCUCUCUUCCUUUUCUGCCUGCAUGUGGGUCAAAGUGACUGAAAUGCUUGACAAAACUAUUGUUUUCUCAUAUGGAACCAAGAGAAAUCCCUAUGAAAUCCAGCUUUACCUUAGCUAUGAUUCGGCAGUUCUUGCUGUGAGUAGUGACCUGAACAAAAUAGUUGCCCCAAAUGUCAUUACUUCGGGACAGUGGACACACUUUUGUGGCAUUUGGAAUUCAGCUAAUGGGGAUGCGUCAUUGUUUGUAAAUGGAAAGCUGGUGAAGGCCUCCUCAAAUAUAGCUGAGGGACACAUAAUUCCAAACGCUGGAAUUCUGCAAAUUGGCCAAGAAAAGAAUGGCUGCUGUGUUGGAGGUGGUUUCAAUGAAUCCUUAGCUUUCUCUGGAAAAAUAACUGGCUUUAACAUUUGGAACAGAGUCCUAAGUGAAAAAGAGAUAACAAGGCAGAGUGAAGAAGAAUCAUGCAACAUCCGUGGCAAUGUAGUCGGUUGGGGGGUUACAGAGAUUCUGCCCCAUGGAGGAGCUCAGUAUGUUUUCACUUUUUGAACAAAUGCAAAAAUUAUCUUUCCAGACUAUUAUGAACAAAACAAGCACACAGUGUCUAACAAACCUGAAUAUCUACAAAUCUUAGGGCUGAUGUACACGAUAUGGCCUCUACCCAAGGGUUGCUCUAAAUUUCAUAGGUUUGUGAUGCAUGUGGGAAAUUGUCUGAUCUAUGAGGUGAACCAGGACAUAUCAUAAGCUGCCAUUCAACCACUGUUCACAAGGAAACUCCUAAACAAUACUCUAUAUGGCAAAAGUCUUCUUGGAGAAUGCAGCCGCUAGCAGCCACAGCUACCUUUCUACAGGUUCCUGAUGCCAGAAGGAGGAGAUGAAUGAAUAUGGGUGGAACAGUGUUGAAAGAUGUUUGGAAAGAAGCUUUCUGCAGAUGACAGUAGCAGCUGUCAGAACAAUGAACUGCUACAGUUGCCUGGACACUUCUCAGCAUAUAGAAACGUAUUCAUGGGCUCCUAGAUAAACCAACAUGAAGAAUCAACACCCCCUGGGAACAAUUUAAAAUGGCUUCCUUGUGGCAGCAGUAUUGUUGCGAGCUUUGGCUCUUACAUAUACCUCAUGAAGAGUCAGUACCUGCAGUUCUAAAUUGAGGUAUUAAUCCAAACACUGGCUCAGCAAAAAAAGGUGUUUUUGAACAUACUGAAAAAAUACAUUACAACAGUCAUUCUUAAUAUAGAGACUGCUGUUACUCUAAGCUGGUUCCAGAGCAUAUAGGUGCCACAUAGAUAGCAGAGUUCAGAUUUUUGUUCAAGAACUUUCAUCAAUCAAAUAACUAUAUAAAAAUGGCUAGAACUUUUAUCUGCAGAGCUAAUAUUACGCUAUUUUCUGGGGAAUCCCGUUUGUAGCUGUUAUAUUACUAAUGUGAAUUUUACAGAUGAACCUUAUAAGUGUCAUGAAGUAACAGGUGUUGGUUUUGUUCAUUGUUCCUGAUAUGCACACCUGAAUAAAACUAGUGCUUUGUCCAAGAUAUUAUUUAUAUUGGAGUCCA